GAGUACUGGGAGUACUGGUUCUACUGGGAUACUGGGAAUACUUCCACUUUAACCAGCGUCUCCAGCUUCACUCCAGACAAAAUGGCGUCCAAGUUAGAGGAGGAUCUGAGCUGUCCGGUCUGCCUGGACAUCUUUAAAGAUCCCAUCAUGCUGUCCUGCAGCCACAGCUUCUGUAGAGAGUGUGUGGAGAAGAGCUGGAAGGAGAAGGAGGACAAGGAGUGUCCCAUCUGUAAGAGGAGACACUCAAAGGAAUUAUUACCUGUUAGCUUUGCUUUAAAGAAUCUGUGUGAGACUUUUCUGCAGGAGAGAAAACAGAGAGCUUCAGAGGAUCCAUGCAGUCUGCAUCAGGAGAAGCUCAAACUCUUCUGUCUGGACCAUCAGGAGCCGGUGUGUGUCGUCUGCAGUCAUUCAGAAAAACACGCUGAGCACCGAUUCAAACCCAUUGAUGAAGCUGUUCAACAACACAAGAAGAACCUUGAGGAAACUCUGCAGCCCUUAAAGAAGAAGUUAGAGGCUCUUAAAUACGUUAAAGUGAAGUUUGAUCAAACAGAAGCUCACAUGGAGGUCCAGGCCCGACACACAGAGAGGCAGAUUAAGGAGCAGUUCAAGAAGCUUCAUCAGUUUCUAGCAGAGGAAGAGGAGGCCAGGCUACGAGCACUGAGGGAGGAAGAGGAGCAGAAGAGACAGAGGAUGAAGGAGCAGAUGGAGGCUCUGAGAGCACAGAUAGCAGAUCUUUCACAGACAGUCAGAGCCACAGAGGACCAGCUGACGGCCCAAGACGUCUCCUUCCUGAAAAACUACAAGGCUGCAGUGGAGAGAGUCCAGCAGUGCCCCCUGCUGGAGGAGCCACAGCUGCCCUCAGGAGCUCUGAUAGACCAGGCCAAACACCUGGGCAACCUGGCCUUCAAGAUCUGGACCAAGAUGAAGGAUGUGGUCUCCUACACACCCGUCAUUCUAGACCCCAACACUGCUGGAUUAAACCUCAUCCUGUGUGAUGAUCUGACCACUGUGAGAGGAGGAGAGAGACAGCAGCAUCCUGAUAAUCCAGAGAGGUUUGAUAAUUCCUUCUCUGUCCUGGGCUCUGAGGGCUUUAACUCAGGGACUCACAGCUGGGACGCCAAGGUCAGAGACAGUAGAUCCUGGUUCCUGGGAGUAUUACCAGAGUCUGCUGAGAGGAAGGGAUACAUAUUGUCUAGAGUUUGGGCAGUACGGUUCUGUUUUGGUAAAUACUACACACACACACCAUCACAUCCAGACACUGUUCUCUCAGUUCAGACAGAACCAAAGAGGAUCCGAGUGAAUCUGGACUGUAACAGAGGAGAGCUGUCGUUCUCUGAUCCUGAUACUAACACACUCAUACACUCCUUCACACACAAUUUCACUGACAGGAUGCUUCCAUUCUUUAUUACUGGGCUUUUCUCCUCACUGCAGAUUCUCCCAGAGAAGAUCUCUGUGAGCGUGGAACCAAACUAAACAAACAUGAUGUUAUGAUGGCAUUUGAUCCAGUCACUUCUGAUAUUUGACUACAGAAACUUUCCUUUCAUGGUUUACAGUCAACAAAUCUAUGAUGGAUCUAUGAUGGACAUGUUUAUUAAGCCACAAACAGAAAAGCUCACAAUUGCUGUGUUGUAAUUGUAGGCUGUUAGAUUUCAUGCUGCUCAUUUUUUACAAGAAGUUUGUGGCAAAUUCAUGACACUUGUUUGAAGAGAAGAAGUCAGUGGAGGUUGAUCUGGGGGGAUUGAUCCAUUGAUCACCUGUAGAGAACAGGUAGC